AUGAAAAGUCUUGUGGCUCCAGCAGUUCCAUCAUGUGAAGUACCCAAUUCUGCUCUUAGUGGAACUGUGGUAGAGCUACGAUGUCAAGACAAAGAAGGGAAUCCAGCUCCUGAAUACACAUGGUUUAAGGAUGGUGUCCGUUUGCUAGCAAACCCAAAACUUGGCUCUCAGAGCACUAACAGCUCAUACACAAUCAAUACGAAAACUGGAACUCUGGUUAUUUUAGCCUGCAAAUAUCCAAAGAAAACACUUUCAUCCCGGUUAGAGUGGAAGAAACUUGGGCGGGGUGUCUCCUUUGUCUACUACCAGCAGGCUCUUCAAGGUGAUUUUAAAGAUCGAGCUGAGAUGAUAGAUUUUAGUAUACGGAUCAAAAAUGUUACAAGAAAUGAUGCCGGGCGAUAUCGUUGUGAAGUUAGUGCCCCAUCUGAGCAAGGCCAGAACCUGGAAGAGGAUACGGUUACUCUAAAUGUAUUAGAGUUCCCAGCCGCUCCAUCUCUCCAUGUCCCAUCUGCCUCCAUCCAAUUCAAUACUAUUUCAAAAUUGGACAGUGGAGAAUAUUCCUGUGAAGCCCAUAAUUCUGUUGGAUCUGGCAGGUGUCCUGGGAAACGAAUGCAAGUAGAUGAUCUUAAUGUAAGUGGCAUCAUAGCAGCUGUUGUAGUUGUGGCCUUAGUGAUUUGUGUUUGCGGCCUUGGUGUGUGCUAUGCUCAGAGGAAAGGCUACUUUUCAAAAGAAACCACCUUUCAGAACAAUGGCUCUACAUCUAAAGCCACUACAGUGAGUGAAAAUGUGAGUACUUUAUAA